UCCAUAACUCCACACCCACUUCGUCCGCGUUGCGUCGCGACGCCCCGCCGCUCGACGUUACCCCCGCGUUUCCACCUGCAUCGGAUCGUCUCAGCGCCGCUCAGUUCUCCCUACCGCUGCGAACGUGUGUCCGCUAAUUAAAUCGCACCUCCGUACAGAAACCGGAACUUCGGACAUCGCCCGCGAUUCGGGGGCGUAACGCAGUUCGGACUACUCCGGCGUAGCGACGAUACCACCGAUAAAGUUCGGUCGGUCCGUUCCGUCGGGUGCUCCGUUUCCAAUUUUCAAAAAAAAAGAAAAAAAAUAAUUAAAAAAAAACAACACUAUUCCAAACCACCCCUUCGGUGAAGGAUAAACCGCGAACUCUUCGAAGUCCGCGGCUCGGCAAUUUCGUCCCGGUUUCUUUCCACUCGGUUUUUCUUUUUUUUUUUGCUUUUCUUUUCACUUUUCCUCUCGAUAAUUCGGUCGACAGUGUUACUGGAAAAUGUGGCGUUUGUGCAGCGGUAGCGGUGGCACUAGCAUUACGGAUUGUCUGUCGCUUUGAAAGACGUGUCCAAGGUCAUGGUCGAGAUAAAACGUCGGUUGUUCGUGCUGCGGCGAUAAGAAACAACGAGUAGCAGCAGCGGGUGUAUAGCCAGUGGGCAGCCCGCCGGUGGCAGUCGGUAGCCGCGCGGUACUUUGGUGACUUGGAUAAUAAAAAAAAAAAACAACAACGAAAAAAAAAGAAAAACAACAAAAAAAAAAAGUUUCCCUCAGCGAAUCUGAAGAGCCGAAUCGAACGACGGAUAAUAACACGAGUUCGGUAACGAUUGAGUGUGUGGCCGGCUUGCAGCCCGCUCGGACGCGACCCUGUUUACUCCAGGUCGAGGUGCUUCGUGGUCAUUGUCAGUGGUGUAACGGAGUAGUUCCAGUGUCGUUUUCCCAGUGCGGUUAUUGCGGUGCGGUGCCCACAAACUCUACGCAUUCGUCGUCGUCGUUAUCGCUCCGACUGCUCGUCGUCCGACGAAAAAAAAAAAAGAGCUUUUUUUACGAAUUUUUUUCAACGAAACGUCAACGAAAAGCUACGUCGGUUGCGGUUCGAGGAAUCGCUUCGUUGGUUUUUUUUUUUUCCCCGCCCCCCGAGAAAAACGUCGCCGUUGACAUGGCGUCGGAGUGGACUAACGUCGGUUGAAUCGACCGAUCCGUUAGCGGCGGUGUAAGGAAAAACGUCUAGAAAAUAAGAAAGCGAACGAUGUUCUCCGUCCAGAGAUCGACUCGAGCUGCGGACCGGUACUUCCGGGUCCUGGUCUUCCCGGUGUCGAAAUCGGCUAAUCCUCAUCCGCCACCCCACGAACACUUUGCAGAUAAUUACGUCCAUUAUCCUGGCGACCGUCGGUUACCUCUUCACUGAAUAAAUUCGAUGAUAUGCGCGCGAGUUUUUUUACUUUGCUUUUCGUUCGUUCGGAUUUUGAUAAUAAAUAAUCGAACGAAGGUUUCUGAAUAAUACAAGGGACGUUCGUGUGCGGUGCGCGUUUUUCGGAGGUCUUCUAAAAUUUGCGGGGUCGAAGCGGAAGAAAUAUUUAAAAAAAAAUUGAUAAACGAGUAAAACGGUGAAAAAAAAACUGACCAAUUUCAUCGCUCCAUCGCCUAGAUCGUCGAGUCUAAAUUACGUGAGUGUGACAAACGAAACGGAAAAAAGAAAAAAAAAAAAAAAAACAGUCGGUACUGUAUUUAAAAAAAAAAAAAAAAAAGCUCUUUCGCGCUUUCAUCGCCUUCGGAUUUUCGAAAGACGAAGCGUUCGCGAAGCGUCCACGAAUAAAACCGGUACGGCGAAUGGCUCUGAUCGCAGGAUCGAAUGAUCUUCCUACCCUCGGUUUCGAACGCGAAGAAUUUCACCCCUGGAACGUACGUCUGAGUCGCAUGAACGAGACGUUGUUCGAGCAACACCGUCGAAUCCCCGGUGUUUCAUCUGCCGCAGACGAUUACGGCCGGACUCCGUUCAGCGGGAAUAUUUCCGGAAGUUGAACUACUCGGAAACGACCCGUUGGGAAAAAAAAGAAAAAAAAAAAACAAAAACAAAAACUAACAAAUUUUCCCCGAAGCUUCGAAGAGGAGACUAUCCAAGCCUGGAGCUGUAUCUGCCGUACGCUCCGCUGCCGGGAGGCGGCGGAAUUCUCCCCGCGGUACCGAGCGGCGUGGGUAGCGGGGGUUGUCGUCCCGUGCUGCUCGGCGGUGUCGAUCUCUCGAUGUCGGCGGCGGUCCAGCAGGUCCAGCAGGGUACGGUGAAUCAUCACCCGGCCCUUCACCCCGUCGGUGUCGGGGGUGGUUUGCCGUUGGUACCGAUCGGAACCGGUCCCCCACCGAUGAUGCCGCGACCUCCUCCUCCUCCCCUCGGCGCCGUUCCCGGUAACCCCGUUGGAUCGUCGUUGCAAGCGACGGGACAUCACGAUGCCAACGAUCUCUCAUCGGACGCCCCACCGAAUCCGGACGUUCUCCUGGCUCUGUUGGCGAGAAAUAAGAAUUUGGAAGAGAAAAAACGAAGCGCUUCGAUCGAAAGGUGUUGUUCAUCUCCGUUCGAGGAGCAAACGUCUAUACCGAAGUGCGGCGGUUGUCAGGAAGCCAUCUUAGACAGGUACAUCCUCAGGGUACUCGAAAGGUGUUGGCACGCGCGUUGUCUCACCUGUCGCGACUGUGGUGCUCGAUUGACCGACAAAUGUUUCGCCAGAAACGGACACGUAUUCUGCAAAGAUGAUUUCUUCAAGUGUGGCAGGCGCUUCGGAACAAAGUGUGCUGGAUGCGGACAGGGGUUGGCACCAUCCCAGGUUGUCCGCAGAGCACAGGAACUUGUCUAUCAUUUGACAUGUUUCUCCUGCGCUUUAUGUUCGCGACAACUCGACACCGGUGAUGAAUUUUAUCUAAUGGAGGACAGAAAACUCGUUUGCAAACCGGACUACGAACAGGCCAAGGCCAAGGAGCUCGCGGACGGCGGCAGUAUAGACGGAGAUCAACCCAACAAACGACCAAGAACAACGAUAACCGCCAAGCAAUUGGAGACGUUGAAAUUAGCGUAUAACAACAGUCCGAAACCCGCACGUCACGUGAGGGAACAACUUUCACAGGAUACGGGAUUGGAUAUGCGCGUGGUCCAAGUUUGGUUUCAAAACAGGAGGGCGAAAGAAAAGAGGCUCAAAAAGGACGCGGGAAGAACAAGGUGGUCUCAAUAUUUCCGUAGUAUGAAAAGUGGGAGCGGCGGAGGUCAUUCACCUCGUCAUGACAAAUUACUCGAUAAGGAUGAACUCAAGGUGGAUUUGGAUUCGAGUUUUAGCCACCACGAUUUGAGUAACGACAGUUACGGGACGGUGGUUAACAUGGGAAUGGACGGCGAUGGGGCGAGUCCCGGGGGUGGAGGUGGCGGAGGUGGAAAUGGACCACCGAGAGGUUAUCUCGGGGGUACAACGCCCCCCUAUCUUUCGGCCUCGAGAUCACCUUCGUUGCCACCCCAAUUUCCUUACCCUCCGGACGCGGGACUCUCCGUCUACACGACGCUCGGUGGACCUGGAGGUAUGGUACCGGGACCGGCGUCGGAUCUGAGCAACGAGUCGUCGGGGGGUGGCGGUGGAGGCGGUGGGGUUGGUUACCCGGAUUUUCCUCCGUCGCCGGAUUCUUGGCUGGGAGAGCCACCCCCGCAUCCCCAUCACCAUCCUCAUUACGCCACAUAACCCUCUAAAAUCGUCGCAACCCCCAAAAUUAUUCCCUGAUGAACUGACAUAUGAUAUAAAAAUAAUAUAAUAUAAUAUAUAUACCACGUGAUACAUAAGAUAAAUAUAUAUAUAUAUAUAUAAGAAUAGUAUAUAUAUUGAUAAAUAAAUUCUCUUAAUAAGUGACAAAGACAAAACCAAAAAUGACUAAACAAAUAAAUGACGAAAGAAUUUUGAACAAAUUAUAUAUGACGAUAAUUCAAAUGACAAUUAUUACGUACAUAGUUACGAGAGAGAGAGGUAUUAGUGUUUGUGAUUCUCACCUCUCUCCAACUUUUUCUUGAAGUUAAAUUUCAUCAAUUUUCAAAUUAAGAAAAAAUAAUGAAAAAUAAUCUCCUCAUGUGGAUUCUGUGUGCAUUUCAUUCGUAAUAAAUAAUGAAAGUGUGUUGCGCGCGUCGGGUAUCG